AUGGACAAAUUACUACAUCUAAUAUCACUAUCCAUUCACAUCCUAUGUGUGUGUGGAGAGGGUGUUGUACUAAUGCCAGUUGAACUUGCUCCCAUCCCCUGUAACGACAAAGCGGUGGAGAAGCUGUCCCGCCUGGCCGUCACUUACAUCAAUGAGGAUCGCAGCGAAGGCUACAAGUUUGCCCUGAACCGCAUCUCAAAUGUCCAUCUGCACGCUCAGGGCCCGGCAGGCAACGUGUAUUACCUCGACCUGGAAGUCCUGGAGACCAAGUGUCACACAGGCAGCAAGAAACCAUGGAAACGUUGUGACGUAAGGCCAUUCAUGGAAACGCAAAUCUCUGGCAACUGCAACACCACCAUCCUGCACACACCAGAGGGCUACUCCUACUUAUACAGCUACGACUGUGCUCUCGUGCCAGAUUCUCCAGAGAAACUCCAGCAGAUCUGCCCAACAUGCCCCCUCCUGCUCUCCGUAGACAGCCCCGAGGCCAUGACUGCUGCUCGGGUCACUCUGGUAUCCUAUAAAAGGACGUCCACUCUGGCCGCAGGGCUCGGGGUGAAAAAAAUCACCAGAGCUGCUGCACAGUCUGUGCCAGUAAAAGCCACCUUUGUGGAAUACACAGUGCAAGAAUGUCCCGAGGGAGUGACAGAAAGAGGCACCUGCCAGCGACUGACACUUGACUCGGACACAGAGACUGCAGGUUUCUGCACAGGAUCUGUACAUGGAGACAUGAAUACUGAUCCUGAUGUUCAGACGUCCUGUGAGAUGUUUAAAGUACAGAAUGUGGAUGUCCUCCGGCCGGUGCAGCCACAGGGUCACGACCUCCCAGAAAACCCAGCAAUCCCGACGUUCCCACCUGUGAUUGGUGGCCCAGGAAAUGAUCCGCAGCCUGUUCCCUCUGACCCUCCCUUUCCCACUGCCGUUCACCCUGUACCCGUUGACCCCUCUGUGGCUGUUAACCCAGCUGUCCCUCUUAGCUCUUCUUCCAGUGAGUCUGCUGAAGGUCUACUCACUGAGGCUUCUGACUCAUCCUCCGAGGAAAUCGGAGGCCCUGUGGCUCUGCGUCCCCCUUUUAACUUCCGCUACCAGAGGCGUGACCGUGAAAAACGCCAGGCUUUGAACAACACCUCGCCCUCUCACCACCCUGUCUUCCUGUCUGAUUUUCCCAGCGGGCCCUCUCCUUUCCGAUCCUGUCCCGGUCCAGCUCGCUACACCACUGUUUAA